ACGAGGACGGCGGAGUUUCGAUAGAGAGCUACGAGGACUUUAACACCUGUGCCCGAGACAGCCAGACUUUUGGAGAUACGCGCUGGUUGCGCGAAACAGGGUGUGAUUGCUCGAGACGCUUUUGGGUUUUUUAAGCUGCCAGUGGACUCGGAAGGGAUCUGCUGAUUUUGGUACCAUCUGAGUGAGUUUCGCUACGUCCAUGUCUGACAUAUACAACCUGGACUCGCAGUGCGUAACGCCACCAUGCAACAUGAGCUGGGCCAUGGAGCCUGCCAAUUUCUAUGAUAAUAAAGUGAUGCCAGGGGAUGCAAAACCCGGGGGCGAGCAUGGCAUGUCCCAGGACAACAACAACAACAACAACAACAACAACACCAGCAGCAGCAUGAUGGAGCUCAGUAAUGCUCCUGCCAUCUACGACGAUGAGAGCGCGAUCGACUUCAGCACCUACAUCGAGUCCAUGUCCACGGUCCCGCUGGAGAUCUGCAACGACGAGCUCUUUGCAGACCUGUUCAACAACACCAUGAAGCAAGAAAAGCCUGACUUUUACACGCAGAGCAUCGGUGGCUUUGCGCAAAAGAGCUCGGAGAGGCUUCAGCACCAGGACGGGGGGUUUGGCAAGGGCGCGUUUUGCGCACCGAUCAAGAGGGAGUCGGACUGGAGCGACAGCGACCAAUCCUCAUCCUUACCAUCUCAGAUCGAGACGUGCGCGCAGACGUCCGUGAGCCUCAUGCACACGGGACAACCCACACCUCCCACCACACCUGAGCCAGAACCCGUUAGCCACAGGAGGCCGGGGAAGGAAAAGGGCAAAAAGACUGUCGACAGACACAGCAACGAGUAUCGGCAGCGGCGCGAGAGGAACAACAUCGCCGUGCGUAAAAGCAGGGACAAGGCGAAGCAGCGCAACAUGGAGAUGCAGCAUAAGAUGAUCGAGCUGAACGCGGAGAACGAACGCCUGCACAAAACGAUCGAUCAGCUGUCGCGAGAACUAGGCAGCCUCAGAAACUUCUUCAAACAGAGACCCGAACUUUCGUUUGGGACGGCGGCACGCGCGGCUGUUGACAGUCGGUGACGCGCGUCAGAAAACCUGCCAAAACAUACCUCAGUGAACUUGAAUUACUAUGUUCUUCUGUAGCAGACGUGCAUUAAGUUACGCAUUGGAUGAUGGACUUUGGCACCGCACGGUGUCGUGAUUACUUUUGUGAAUGUUUUUGUAUUCUAAAUUAUUACAGAAAAAAGCUUCAUAUAUGUUUUUAUGGUACUUGUUUUAUAAUUCCCCAAAACUUCGUAUUAAUGCCAGAGCAUGUUUGAAAUUGUACAGUGUGUACAAAUGUAUAAUAAAACGACGUCAAAUUUCAAAAAGA